AUGCGGGUCAAUGCCCAGCCCUCAGUGGCUGGGUUCUUGCCCACAGAAACUUAUGAGAUUGCUCUGCCACAUGGAAGCAACAUUACAGUCCUCAUAAAGCCUGGGGCCCCAACUCUGCCAGCGAACCUAUGUCACAUCAUUUCUAAAAGACGGGUAACCCCAUUGUCCAUCAAAGCCGGAGAGACAGUAGUCUUUUCCUUUAGCUGCCAGGAUCCAGAGAAUCACUUUGUUAUCGAGAUCCAGAAGAAUAUUGACUGCAUGUCAGGUCCAUGUCCUUUUGGAGAGGUUCAUCUUCAGCCCUCAACGUCAGUGUUGCCCACCCUCAACAGAACCUUCAUCUGGGAUGUCAAAGCUAACAAGAACAUCGGUCUAGAACUGCAGUUCUCCCUCCCUCGCCUGAGGCAGAUCGGGCAGGGGGAGAGCUGCCUCGACGGAGUCACUCACAGCAUCAGCAGCCGCGUUGACACCAAGAUGGUCAGGAUCGGAACCUUCUGCAGCAACGGCACUGUGUCCCGGAUCAAAAUGCAAGAGGGAGUGAAAAUGGCCUUGGCCCUCCCGUGGUUCCACAACAGAAAAGUCUCCGGCUUCAGCAUCACAAACCAGUUGUCUAUAAAACGCCUGUGCAUCAUCGAAUCUGUGUUUGAAGGUGAAGGCUCAGCCACCCUGAUGUCUGCCAACUACCCGGACGGCUUCCCCGAGGACGAGCUCAUGACAUGGCAGUUCAUCAUCCCUGCGCACCUGCGGGCAAGCGUCUCCUUCCUCCACUUCAGUGUCUCCAACUGCGUGAAGAAGGAGGAGCGCGUUGAGUACUGCAUCCCAGGCUCCACCACCAACCCCGAGGUGUUCAAGCUGAAGGACAAGCAGCCUGGGAACAUAGCCGGGAACUUCAACCUCUCUCUGCAGGGCUGUGACCAAGAUGCCCAAAAUCCAGGCAUCCUCCGGCUGCAGUUUCAAGUAUUGGUCCAACAUCCACAAAAUGAAAGCAAUAAAUCCUACGUGGUUGACUUGAGUAACGAGCGAGCCAUGUCGCUGACCAUUGAGCAACAGCCCAGCAAACUGAGCCGCAAAUUUGUCCCCGGCUGCUUCGUGUGUCUGGACUCUCGGACCUGCAGCACCAACCUCACCCUGACAGCUGGCUCCAAACACAAGAUCUCCUUCCUUUGUGAUGAUCUGACACGCCUGUGGAUCAACGCCGAGAAAACCAUAAGCUGCCUGGACCACCAGUACUGCCACAGGAAGUCCUACUCGCUCCAGGUGCCAUCGUACAUCCUCCAGCUGCCUGUGCAGCUGCACGACUUCUCCUGGAAGCUGCUGGUGCCCAAAGACAGCAUCAGCCUGGCACUGGUGCCUGCCCAGAAGCUGCAGCAGCACACUCACGAGAGGGUUUGCAACACCAGCUUCAGCUACCUCGUGGCCAGUGCCGUUCCCGGCCAGGACCUUUACUUCGGCUCCUUCUGCUCUGGAGGCUCCAUCGAGCAAAUUCAGGUGAAGCAGAACGUCUCGGUGACCCUCCGCACCUUUGCCCCCAGCUUCCAGAAAGAGGCCUCCAGGCAGAGCCUGACCGUGUCCCUUAUCCCCCACUUCAAAGAGGAAGGUGUUUUCACUGUGACCCUGGACACGAAAAGCAAGGUCUACCUGAGGACCCCUAACUGGGACAGGGGCCUACCAUCCCUCACCUCUGUGUCCUGGAACAUCAGCGUGCCCCAAGACCAGGUGGCCUGCCUGACCUUCCUCAAAGAGCGGACGGGCGUGGUCUGCCAGACAGGGCGUGCGUUCAUGAUCAUCCAGGAGCAGCGGGCCCACACCGAGGAGAUCUUCAGCCUGGAGGAGGAGGUGCUGCCCAAGCCAAGCUUCCGCUAUCACAGCUUCUGGGUCAACAUCUCCAACUGCAGCCCCAUGAGCAAGAAGCAGCUGGACCUGCUUUUCUGGGUCUCGCUUACCCCAAGGACCAUGGACCUGACUGUCAUCAUCCUCGCGGUGGUGGGAGGUGGCGCCUUACUGCUGUUUGCCCUCGGACUCAUCAUUUGCUUUGUGAAGAAGAAUAGGAAAAAGAAGAUCAACAAGGGCCCAGCCGUAGGUAUCUACAAUAGUAACGUCAAUACCCAGAUGCCGAUGCAGCCAAAAAAACUUCAGAAAAGACGGAAGGACAUCGACUCCCACGUGUAUGCCGAAAUCGAUGACACCAUGGUGUAUGGGCAUCUGCUGCAGGAUUCCAAAGGGUCCUUCCUCCAGCCAGAGGUGGACACCUACCGGCCCUUCCAGGGCCCCACGGGGAACUGCCCUCCCUCCCCACCCCCCAUAUGCUCCAGGGCUCCAGCUGCAAAGUUGACCAAAGAUGAGCCAUCCUCUGGCUUCCUUUCUGAGUCUGAGAGCGAACCGUACACCUUCUCCCACCCCAAAGACAGGAAUAUAAGCAAUGGGAACACAGACCCUCCCUUGCUAGAAACCUACGAGACCAUGGAGCCUGGGGAAUAA